AUGCGCCUUCGACCGCUCCUUUUAUGCUCUUCGCUGGCGUUCGCCGUCGCCUGCGUCGUCGAGCGCGCGCCGACCGCCGCCGGCAUCGACCGCAUCGGCGCCGUUGUGGAUCGCAUCCGGACGACGCAGCGCUUCGCCGCCGGCGUCGCCGACCGCUGCGCGCCGCUCGUCGACCCUUUCGGCGAGCUCGGCGCCGACCCGGCGGUCGACGAAGAAUUUCGCGCGCGCCUGCGGCGCUGCGGCUACGCCGUCUGCCGCGCGCCGACGCCGCUCGCGCCGGUCGUGGAUCGCGCAACGGCGCUGCUCCGGGACGACGCGGCGCUCGUCGCCGCGGGCGGCGCCGUGUCGCUGUCGUCCGAGGGCCGGAGCGGCGAGUACUUUGGGGCCUACGGCGACGAGGCGACGCGUUUCGUCGACGUGCGCUUCGACGGCGCCGGCCGGCCGCUGCCCCGGGAGCUCGGCGCGUUCCCCGUGGACGACGCGACGGCCGCGCUCGCGGACCUGGGCUUUCGCGCCUGCGCGGCCGCGGGCCUCGACCCGGCCCUCGUCGACGACCCGCGGAGCUCGAUUCGCGGCGCCGUGUCGUCGACGGCGCUCCGCCUCGCGUGGUACGACGCCUCCGACGAGACGCCCUUCGACGCGCACACGGACGCCACGUUCCUGACCGUGGCGCCCUUUUCGCCGGGCCUCGAAUUCUACGACGGCGCGGCGUGGCACGCGCCCCGGGCCGCCGCGGACGACGACCUCGCGGUGGUCUGGGCCGGCAGCCUGCUCGAGAUCGUCGACGCGACCUUCGCCGCGACGGUCCACCGCGUCGUCGGGACGCCGGAGCCGCGGACGUCGACGCCCCUCCUCCUGCGCGGCCACCCCGCCGCGCGGCCGCUCGGCGUCCCCAUGCAGGACUGCUGGGAGGCGCUGCAGAAGCGGGACGCCGGCGAGGCCGCGGACUACCUCCGGGCGCGCCUCGAGUAG